CUCCUGCCCCUCUGACGACAUCAUCAGAUUAUAUCAAACAGCCAGCUGCAGGGUCAACAACCAUUUUCCUUUUCUUCCUCCCAUUACCACCACUUCCAUCCCAAGGAACCCAGAACCAACAUCAGAUAUUAAUAUCGGAGUAACCCAUCAAUCAGUCCACUAUGGGGUUUGCGUCGAAGAUCGCCAACAGUAUGAACGGUCCAACCGGCGGGAACACCAACAAGCCCGGUGGUGGUGGUGGUGUGUAUGGAGGAGCACCACCCACUGGCUACACUGGAGGACCUCCAAGCUCGCUGCAGCCUGGAGGAGCAGCCGGUGGAUAUCAACCACAGCAGAUUCCUCAGCAGCAACAGGGUCAGCAGUAUCAGGCUUACUCAGGCUCGCCUGCUCCCGCUGGUGGUCCGGGUCAACCUUACCCUCCUCAAAAUGCGCCUUACUCCGGCGGGCCCGUUCGUCCUCCCCAGCAGGGUGGACCUCCCGGAGCUGCGUACGGUCCCUCGGGGGGUGCACCUCCUCCGGCUCGUGCCACGGAGCAGCAGACCGCCGCCUACCGACAGCUGUUGAUUGGCACUAUUCAAGAGAAACGCCUUCAAAGCUUCUACCCCCCUGAAAGACUUGAUAAGCUCGUUCAGGCUCUGUCCAACGAUGCACCCUUUAAAGUGAGCAAGCUGACUCAUGAGCUUAACAUCCCAACUGAAGUCGCCAUGGAUGUCAUGAAGUUGGCUCUCUUUGAUGUUAUCUUGUACGUGGACGACAGUGGCUCCAUGGAAUUUGAAGAACGAGGUGUGAGAAAAGAACAACUGCGUUCGACCAUCGAGGUCGUUGCAUCGGCUGCGUCCACCUUUGAUGACGAUGGUAUCUCCGUGCGGUUCAUGAACUCACCUGAGCAAGGCGAUGGCAUUCGUAAUGCAGACGAUGUCAAUCGCCUCGUUUCGCGAGUUCGCUUCCAGGGUCUUACACCACUCGGCACAAGUCUACGCAACAAAGUCCUCGACCCGAUGGUGGUGGCUCCGGCCAGAGCUGGUCGGCUCCAGAAACCUGUUCUGAUCAUCACGAUUACCGAUGGACAGCCGGCCGGUGAGCCGCUGGAUAGUGUGUCGAACGCCAUUGGCUAUGCUGUCAACGAAGUUUCUCGCACUCAGUAUGGACAGGGGGCCGUUUCCUUCCAAUUUUCACAGGUCGGAAACGACACCAAGGCCCGGGAUUUCCUCGCUUCUCUGGAUGAAGAUCCUCGAAUCGGCUCCUUGAUUGAUUGCACCUCAAACUUCGAGGUUGAGCAAGAUGAAAUGUCACGGGCUUACCCCCCCGUGCAUCUGACUCGCGAACUCUGGUGCGCCAAACUCAUGCUUGGUGCUAUUGACUCUUCAUACGACACCAAAGAUGAGAAAGCUGCUGGGCGUAGUGGUGCUCCGCCUGCUGGACCUCCAGGUGGUCAGUACGGUGGUUAUAACUACAACCAGCCUCCCGCCCAGAAUUACAACCAGCCGCCUCCCGGCCAGUACGGCUCAGGAUCGGGAUACAACCAGGCACCAUACCCGCCCAGCCAGGGUCAGGGCCAGGGUCCCCCUCAGGGCUACGGGCAAGGCUAUGGUGGCGGCUACGGCACUUCCUCUCCGCAUCCCAACCAACCUGGGUAUGGACAGUCGCCUGGUGGAGCUACACGAGGCUACCCUGGCUACGGAGCGCCUCCCCGCUACUAGACAGGAGGUCGCAUAUGUUGAAGCCGGGGGCGAAUCAAACUGGUUUCGGCCAGGAAUUGCUUAAGUCUGUAACCAUUGCUUUUUUGCAUUAAUAUGAGCACUGUUAUGUAAUGAGGACGGCCGCAUAAAAUUGGCACAAAUGCAAACGACCAAGGAG